AUGAGGCACCAUGGAUCACCAGUGAGGCACCAUGGAUCACUAGUGAGGCAUCAUGGAUCACCAGUGAGGCACCAUGGAUCACCAGUGAGGCACCAUGGAUCACCAGUGAGGCAUCAUGGAUCACUAGUCAGGCACCAUAGAUCACCAAUGAGGCACCAUGGAUCACCAGUGAGGCACCAUGGAUCACCAGUGAGGCACCAUGGAUCACCAAUGAGGCACCAUGGACUCACCAAUGAGGCACCAUGGAUCACCAAUGAGGCACCAUGGAUCACCAGUGAGGCACCAUGGAUCACCAGUGAGGCACCAUGGAUCACCAGUGAGCACCAUGGAUCACCAGUGAGGCACCAUGGAUCACCAGUGAGGCAUCAUGGAUCACCAGUGAGGCACCAUGGAUCACCAGUGAGGCACCAUGGAUCACCAGUGAGGCAUCAUGGAUCACCAGUGAGGCAUCAUGGAUCACCAGUGAGGCACCAUGGAUCACCAGUGAGGCACCAUGGAUCACCAGUGAGGCAUCAUGGAUCACCAGUGAGGCACCAUGGAUCCAGUGAGGCAUCAUGGAUCCCAGUGAGGCUAUGGAUCACCAGUGAGGCACCAUGGAUCACCAGUGAGGCACCAUGGAUCACCAGUGAGGCAUAUGGAUCACCAGUGAGGCACCAUGGAUCACCAGUGAGGCAUCAUGGAUCACCAGUGAGGCAUCAUGGAUCUGGUGAGGCAUCAUGGAUCACCAGUGAGGCAUGGGUCACCAGUGAGGCACCAUGGAUCACCAAUGAGGCACCAUGUUAG